UUGCGGCCUGUUUACAUCUCAUAUGAAGGCGACUGUCACCCAGAUACUGCGAUUCCUUGAGCAAGGGCAACCAUGCUUUGAAGCAGAUGGCUCCUUCAGGAAUGCGCAGCCUGCGGUUGGGUGUGGCUGCUUUGGUGGCAGCGUCGCAACUGCACGGUAGGAGUUUCACAACCUUUGUCCAAAGUAUAGCUGCUCCACUACGGGCACUGCCACAUGCACCAGAACAGGGUGCGCCACAGCUGGGAACAUCUUUGGGUUCCAAGGGUUCGCACGCGACCCUUGCUGCCUGCAUGGUCGCAGCGGCGUUUGGCAGACAAUUUCGGACCCGCCGCCGUGCAGAAGAUGGCGAUGUGAGGUCAAGCGAUAAAGCCAGAAAAGUGGAAAAGUCCUUGACCGAUGAAGUGGUGGAAGAGAUGGACCGCAAAAUGGUUGAAUGUGCGCAGGCAGGAGACUUCACAGGAGCAGCUCGACUCCGCGAUAAACUUUGCUCAAGUCAGCUUGAAGACGAAGGAACUGUUCUUCAAGCGAAUGUCGAGUUUUAUGCCUCUUUCUCUCAAAGGGAUUUGGAGCGGAUGAAGGCCUGCUGGUUUCCAUCUGCGCUGGCACAAUGUAUUCAUCCUUAUGACAAGAUGCUGAAUGGAUGUUCGGAGAUAAGUGAAUCGUUCAGGAGGCUGUUCGAGGAGUCCAAAACAAAAAGCCGAAUUGUUCCUGACGAGGUGAAGGUCAGCCUGCGAGGUGCGACAGCAGUGGUGACAUGCCAGGAAAAGGUUGUCCUGAAACAAAGAAUCCAGAGCAUUCUGCUGACAACUCACGUCUUCAGAAGAGCUGCGCAGGGCAAGUGGCUCCUGAUGCAUAGGCAUGCUAGCACACCACCAGGAGACGAUGAAAGUGUUGGUGCAUGGAAUGCCCGAUUGCAACAGCUAAUGCGUGCUGCGCAAACCCUGGGGCCUGGAACCUCGCAGUUCAUCAUCAAUGCCGCCAACCCCAUCUAUGACGAUGAUGGUGAUGGCCCGUUUGGAAUUUCUGGAAGGUUGGAUGAUGAGGAUCUUUCUCCGGAUGACGAUGAAUCAGAUGAACCCCAUGACUCCGACGAUGAGAUCUACGUCGAGGAAGAGGACGACAUGGAAGACGCCCGAGAUGCAUGGAGAAGUCUCAGGAAGCUGGCUCGAGAUCGCGUGAUUUCAAGGGGAGAUAAAGUUUUGCUUCUAGCUGAGAUGACUCAGAAUCCUGGAGAGUCGAUUGUUGAGAAAGCUCAUCGGUUACUCCUGCGUGAUGUUCCAGAUGCAGAAGAAAAGGAUGCGUGGGAAGACUUUGGUGAGUUGAUUUCUUUCCAGGUGAAGAGGAUGCAAACUUCAGAAAACAGAUGAGUUUGUUGAGCUUGGUGAGCCCUGAAGCCACGGCUUUCCAAAGGACAAUGUGCAAACUGGAGCUGGGAAGGUCGAGUUUUUUGGACAACAUGGCCUGAUUGUUGGCCACAGUUUUUUCUUCACCCCUUCUUUUUGAGCUGC